CCAGUUGUCAUUCGGUUCUCACUGCAAACGGACCGACCACGUGAAAUUCGGUUCUUUCGGUUUCGGAAUAUUGCAUCAUACAUAGCUUGGACUAGCCAAGGAGAUACCACUAACUCACCCUUGGAUUAUCCACGCAAUGGCAGCCGGUGUCUUCAAGAGUUUUAUGCGCGACUUCUUUGCGGUGAAAUACGAUGAGCAGCGAAAUGAUCCGCAAGCGGAACGACUGGAUGGCAACGGACGACUGUAUCCCAACUGCUCGUCGGAUGUGUGGCUGCGAUCCUGCGAGCGGGAGAUAGUUGAUCCCAUUGAGGGCCAUCACAGCGGGCACAUUCCCAAAUGGAUAUGCGGUAGUCUGUUGCGCAAUGGACCCGGCAGCUGGAAGGUGGGCGACAUGACCUUCGGCCAUCUGUUCGACUGCUCCGCCCUGCUGCACCGAUUUGCCAUUCGGAAUGGACGCGUCACCUACCAGAAUCGCUUCGUGGACACGGAAACACUGCGAAAGAAUCGCUCUGCCCAGCGGAUUGUGGUCACGGAGUUUGGCACAGCUGCUGUUCCGGAUCCCUGUCACUCGAUCUUCGAUAGAUUUGCGGCCAUUUUUCGACCGGAUAGUGGAACGGAUAACUCGAUGAUUUCCAUAUAUCCUUUCGGGGAUCAGUAUUACACAUUUACGGAGACGCCUUUUAUGCAUAGAAUAAAUCCCUGCACUUUGGCCACCGAAGCACGAAUCUGCACCACCGACUUCGUGGGCGUGGUGAACCACACAUCGCAUCCGCAUGUUCUUCCCAGUGGCACUGUCUACAACCUGGGCACCACAAUGACCAGAUCUGGACCGGCAUACACUAUACUCAGUUUCCCGCACGGCGAGCAGAUGUUCGAGGAUGCUCAUGUGGUGGCCACACUGCCGUGCCGCUGGAAACUGCAUCCCGGUUAUAUGCACACCUUCGGCUUAACGGAUCACUACUUUGUGAUUGUGGAGCAGCCGUUGUCCGUUUCGCUUACGGAGUAUAUCAAAGCCCAGCUAGGUGGACAGAAUUUAUCGGCGUGUCUCAAGUGGUUCGAGGAUCGACCGACACUAUUUCACCUUAUAGAUCGGGUUUCCGGCAAACUGGUGCAGACCUACGAAUCGGAAGCCUUCUUCUACCUGCACAUCAUCAACUGCUUUGAACGGGAUGGCCACGUGGUGGUGGACAUUUGCAGCUACAGGAAUCCCGAGAUGAUCAACUGCAUGUAUCUGGAGGCCAUUGCCAAUAUGCAAACGAAUCCCAAUUAUGCUACCCUCUUUCGUGGACGUCCCUUGAGAUUCGUCCUGCCCUUGGGCACAAUUCCUCCGGCAAGCAUCGCCAAGCGGGGACUGGUCAAGUCCUUCUCCCUUGCUGGACUAAGUGCUCCGCAGGUUUCUCGCACCAUGAAGCACUCGGUCUCGCAAUAUGCGGAUAUAACCUACAUGCCCACCAAUGGAAAGCAAGCCACUGCUGGAGAGGAAAGCCCCAAGCGAGAUGCCAAACGUGGCCGCUAUGAGGAGGAGAAUCUUGUCAAUCUGGUUACCAUGGAGGGCAGUCAAGCGGAGGCGUUUCAGGGCACCAAUGGCAUCCAACUGCGUCCGGAAAUGCUGUGUGAUUGGGGCUGUGAAACACCUAGGAUCUAUUAUGAACGGUAUAUGGGCAAGAACUACCGAUACUUCUACGCGAUUAGCUCCGAUGUGGAUGCAGUGAAUCCGGGCACCCUCAUCAAGGUGGAUGUGUGGAAUAAGAGCUGUCUAACCUGGUGCGAGGAGAAUGUCUAUCCCAGUGAGCCCAUUUUUGUGCCUUCGCCGGAUCCGAAAUCCGAGGACGAUGGCGUUAUCCUGGCCUCCAUGGUGCUGGGCGGUCUCAACGAUCGCUAUGUGGGCCUAAUUGUGCUAUGUGCCAAAACGAUGACCGAGCUGGGCCGUUGUGAUUUCCAUACCAAUGGACCCGUGCCCAAGUGUCUCCAUGGAUGGUUUGCACCCAAUGCCAUUUAGAUACGGAACUCCUUAUAUGGGAAGACUACUUAGCUUAGGAGAUAGGGUAAAGCAUCUGCCCAGUAUUACGUUUAGAUUUAGACUAGAUUUAGACUAGCAUUUAAUCUUAGAACUUAGAAUUUUGGAUUCAAGACAUUCGCAAUAAACUCCUGCCACUUGCGCUGG